CUUACACUACACCGUUUCGUUUGUUUACGAAUCUAAGUCGUUUAUGUCUUAAUAAAUAUUAUUUAACAGCAUACAAAAUUAAAAUAUUAUGCCGAGUUUUAAUUUCGUUAUUCCUUCAAACCGUGAAGAUCUGCUUUCACGGACAGCCGGACAAUAUUAUGUGGAAGAAGUUUAUUCAACAAGAAAAAUUCCUGUGAAAAUACAAGAGGCCAAGCCAUCCUUACACAAAAGUGCUGGCUUAGAUAUCACACAACAUUUUGAUGCAUUCUACAGUGUUGUUACAAAUUUUAUCCAGUUAGAUGUCAGUACAAAACAAGUUUCAUGGACCAUUCUUACAAAAGUUUGCGAAUUGUUUACAAACGAACUGAGCAAGUUCCUUCACGCUGAAGCUGAUGAUCAACUAAACGAAACGUUACAAACUAAAUAUCUCAAUGCUUUGAAAAUGAACAUUUACCUUCUAACUCAAAUGAUAGAUUCAUAUUUAUCUCUUUCACGAAAAGAAGAUAGGGAGAAUUCUACUACAACAAAAAAUAAGAAAUCAUCAAAAGCCAAAUCCUCAACUGCUCUGGGAAUUGACUGGGAGAGUGAAUGCCAAAGGUCGGUUCAUAUUCUAAUGAGUGUUUUCGAUUUGGACAUACAUCGAUUAUGGAAUGCACAGUUAGUGGAGGAUGAAUUGACGAGUCUUGUUUGCAACUUGUGCUUCAAAAUAUUAGAAGAUCCAACCAUGGUGAAAAGUAAACUUGUCAAAUCUUCAGUACUUAACCUACUUGGCUGCAUCAUAAAAAAACACAACCAGUCACUAAGUGCAAGCUUGAAAGUUGUUCAGAUGCUUCAACAUUUUGAUCACUCCGCCACACCCAUGGCUGAAGCAGUUCAUAUGUGGGCUUCAACUUAUAAAUGCAGGUCAAUUGUAUCUGAGGUUCUAAGGGAGCUCAGUCAUAUACCAGAAAGGGAUUUUAUUCGUGACAGCUCAUCCACUAAAACCAUCUGCUCAUUCAUCGUUGAACUUUCUUAUUAUCUUCCGGAUGCAGUGCUCUUAAACAUCAGUCUUCUGCUUCCUCGCAUGGAUGAGGAGUCAUACAUGAUGAGAAACAGUGUGCUUGGUGCUGUUGGUGAGAUUAUUAUACAAUGUUUGAGCAAAGAAGGCUUGGAUGAAAAAUCUAAACAAGCCAGAGACCAGUUCCUUGAUAUUCUGUACGACCAUGCAAACCUUGAUGUGAAUGCAUUUGUUCGAAGCAGAGCUUUACAUGUCUGGCUUAAUCUUGUUUCGGAAAAUUCUCUUCCUGUUAAAAGAUGUCCAGAUUUAGUUGAGUUGUGCGUUCGUUUACUUCUUGAUAAAAGUAACUUGGUUCGUAAAGUAUCCGUUCAACUCCUUGAAGCAUUGCUUAGAAAGAAUCCAUUUCGUGAUAAUCUUACAAUUUCACCUCUACAAUGCAGUCUGAAGCAAGAACAGGAAAAGUUGGAAGAACUGCAAUCCAUACAAGAUGAAAAAAAUGAAGAAAAUAAAUCAAAGGAAAAUGAAGAAAUAUUGGAGGAAGGGAUGCAGGAAGAUGAUGUUGAGAAGAAUGAUGAGAAUGGAAGUGGAUCGGAAGAAGAGCAAACAGAGAAUGAGAAACAAGACCUGCUAAAAACUCAAGAACCAAAUUUGGAAAUAGAGAAAAAAAAGGAAAUUAUUGAAUAUUUGUCGAAUGCUAUUAAUUUUGUUGAACGUUUCAAUGACGCUGUUCCUGUUUUGUGCCAACUUCUAAAUUCACGAACACAAUCGGAUGUUGUGGAGGCCAUCAACUUCUUUACUGCUGCAUGGGAGUUUCAACUCGGCUGUGCUUUGGAAGGCAUAACUGGUAUGUUGGAACAAAUUUGGAACGAAGAUCAAAAAAUAAGGGAUGCAGUUGUGUCAGCUUAUAGAAAACUUUAUUUUAAAACCGACUCCAACAUAACAAGCAAAGUAAAAACUGUGAAUGUGGCGGACAACAUGAUUAAGUUGGUGGCUGGUUCUUCAAAUGCUAAACUCCCAGCUAUUGAAUGUCUUAUUGGUGAAAUACAGAAGUCAGGAGAUUGGCCUUCUGCUGUUGCUCAGAUUUGCUGGGAUCGGCUCACAAAUCCAUUGGCAUCAUUUGCAAUAGUAACUGGAUUGAGUGAAAUGAAACAGAGAAAAGUUUCCAUUCAAUUGCUUGGGAUGCUUGCUAACAAAGACGCAAAUGUUAUCAAAUCCAAGAUUAAAACAUUGGUAAGCGUUGGUUUGAAGGAGCGAACGUUACCGACAUCCGAGAAUGUUUUCGAUUUCGAGCUGCCUUUCCACACUUGCGUGGCUUUGUCAAAACUUGCAGCUAAAAAAACUGAGGCAGGAAAAUAUAUGAGACAGUUCCGAUACCCUGAUGAUCAUCAGCUUAUAACUACAUUAACAUCGCUUGUUGUUUCAGGUUUCAACAAAAAGUCAGUAAUGUGGGUGAAGUUUGCGUUGGAAGCUGUGGGAGUUAUCUUCCAACUUUCCGACAACCCUGUUGUUGUAUCAACUUCCAUGCUUAAUGAGAUCAAAGGUGUUGUCCAUGCAAGGUUAUCAAGUGAUGAGCCAUCCGGUGAGAUUCCAGUUAAUGAACUUUUAAUGAGAUUCUACAGCAUAAUUGGACAAUUUGCUUUGAAACUUCUCGUUUUUAUUGAAGGAGAUGUUCAAUCGGAAAUUAAACAAAACAGGAAACUGCAGGAAGAGAAUGAAGAAGCGGAUAAAAAUGCGCAGAAGAAAAACAAAUCUUCCGGCAAGGAUGAUAGUCAUCUUGAAGAUGACAUGGGAGUGGGAGGAGCAACUGCAGAUGAUGCAGAUCAAGAGUUUAUUAAAAAUGUUCUUGAAACAGAAAUUGUUGAACCGGACACCCCGUUGGGUUCAUUAUCGGAGUGGUUGGUUCGUUGUUGCACUGUUGUUGUUGAACCAAGUGAUCAUUCAGCUGUUCGUGUUCAACAAACUGCAUCGCUUGCGCUUGCCAAGUUCAUGUUGGUAAGUUCAAAGUUUUGCGAGCGUCAUCUUCGAUUGCUCUUCACCAUGCUUGAGCAAUCUCCACACGAGGGCAUUAGAGCAAACUUAACGAUCGCUGCUGGAGAUCUUUCCGUGAGGUUUCCGAACUUACUUGAACCAUGGACAUCUCAUAUAUAUGCAAGAUUAAAUGAUAAGUCAGUGAUGGUGAAAGUAUAUGCCACCAAAGUUCUCACCAAUCUCAUCCUUAAUGACAUGAUCAAGGUCAAAGGUCACGUGAGUGAAAUGGCUCGAUGCAUUGUUGAUGAAAAUGAGAAAAUUUCUGCGAUUGCUAAAAGAUUUUUCCAAGAGUUAGCUAAAAAAGGUAACUCCAUGUACAACGUGAUGCCGGACAUCAUCAGUAGAUUGUCUGAUCCUGACAUUGGUAUCAAAGACGAAGUGGAUUUCAAGAAAAUUAUGAGAUUUCUAUUGGAAUACAUACAGAAAGAUAAACAAACGGAAAGUUUGAUCGAAAAAUUAUGUCACAGACUUGAAGCUACAAGAGAUAAACAACAACGUAGAGAUCUUGCUUUCUGUCUCUCCAUACUCAACUACACAGAGAAAGGCGUCAAGAAAUUAUACGACAACUUUUCACUUUAUGCCAAUGUUCUUAGGGACGAGCAAGUCUAUUUCUUGUUCAAUAACAUUUUAACGAAGUGUAAAAAAUGUGCAAAACCGGACGUUAAGAGUCAGGUUGAUGAGUUGGAAGGAAAGAUUAUCGAUCGACACGCAUGCGAUGUCAGUGAAGAUGAAUGCGCAGCGAAAGCAGCUGAAGCUGUUCGUUCACGCAAACCUGCACGAUCCCCAAGUGUCAAUCAAAAUGUUCGAAAGUCAGCUCGAAAAUCUCGGCCACAAAUAAAGAUGGAAGUUUCGGAUGAAAGUAGCGAUGGUGAACCUGACACAACCAACCGACCAAUCAGAAGGCAUUCAAUGCGGUCACGUGUUACUCGACAUCAAGCAAUCAAUUUCUCAAGCGAUGAUGAAGAAGAUUCCGAUGAUUCAAAAGAAAACACAGUAACACCGAAUUCAAAUGUUGAUGAAAUAUCAAAUUCCGGCAGUGAAGAAGUUUCUCCGGUCAUUCGGGAAAAAACAACGAAAACCAAUCGUUCAGUUCUUCGUGUUUAAUAUUAAAUAAUUUUUUGUGUUUAAUUCUGAAUCUUUUUUUCUGGUAAAAAACUUUAGCUUUGUGUUGUUACAUCUAACAAGGGUGUAGGAGUUUGCUAAAACUGCCAAUAAAAAAUUUAAUGUAAAUAAAUAAACCAUUUAGCUUGUG